AUGGUCCGUAUCAGCGUGCUAGCCGAUGCGCUGAAGUGCAUCAACAAUGCGGAAAAGCGUGGCAAGCGCCAGGUCCUAAUUCGCCCGAACUCGAAGGUGGUCAUCAAGUUCCUGACCGUGAUGAUGAAGCACGGCUACAUCGGCGAGUUCGAAAUCGUCGAUGAUCACCGCAGCGGAAAGGUCGUAGUGAAUCUUACCGGCCGCCUGAACAAGGCUGGCAUCAUCUCGCCCCGGUUUGAUACGAAGGUUAACGAUCUGGAACGCUGGACCAACAAUCUGCUGCCGUCGCGUCAGUUUGGCUACGUCGUGCUCACUACCAGCGGUGGAAUCAUGGACCACGAAGAAGCUAGGCGGAAGCAUUUGGGAGGAAAGAUUCUUGGAUAUUUCUUCUAA